UCUGAACCUUGCCCAUUACUCCACCUCAUUAUAAAUAUUAAAUACCCCUUUUUAACCGUCUCAAAUAUCACAACGAACGCCCUUUUCUUCUUUAUCCCCUCCUAUAAUUAAGGAUAAGCUAUGGCGUCUUCUGUCGCUCUGAAGAGGCUGGUCGCCUCUAACCUCCUCCAUAGGUCAGCCGUGGCUCGGCCUGCAGCCUCCCGACUCUUCAGCACAAAUGCUGUCCGCGAGAACGACGGCGAUGACGUGGGUAGCCUUCCAGAGAGUCGUGUGUUCUGCACCUUCUCAGACAUAUUUGGUCCAUAUCUCAAAAGAAACAGCCUGAACAAAAUCCUGAAAUUGGAUGAAUUCGUGAAAUCUCCCGCGAGAUCGAGGAUGAUCCUGAGGAAUUGGGAUGCUCGGGAGACUGCGGAUUGGAUCCAGCUGCGAAUGGACAUGCCUGGGCUGGGGAAGGAGGACAUCAAGGUGUCGGUGGAGCAGAACACUGUGACCAUCGAGGGGAAGAAGAAGGAAUGCCAAGAGGAUGAAGAAGAUGGCGGCGGAAGGAGGUACACGUACAGCAGCGUAAUAGAUCUACAGGAGAGGAUGUACAAUACUAGCGGGAUAAAGGCCGAAAUGAAGAAAGGUGUGCUCAAGGUGUUUGUGCCGAAGAUCGAACAGAGGACCGAUGUUUUCCAUGUCAAUGUUGAAUGAUUAAUUAAAGAGAUUUUGAGAUUUUGGGGACUCUACUCAAAUCUCAUUACAAAUCCGAAAAAAUCUGGUUUAAAUUGUCAAAUGUGUAAAUAGUUAUUUGUCAAGAUAUGGUAUAGGAGAGAUUUUGAGAUUUUCGAAGUCAUUUUUUGUUUUUCAAAC